AUGUUAUGGGAAGGUGUAACUGGACCGAAAGGAGGCUCAAAAAAACGUGCAAGAGGAAAACGCAGAGUUACAAGACAAAAAAUAAAUCUUCAUGUGGGACAGAGAUUAGGUUUCGGCAAAGCCUCCAUACAGUGGCCUGGUCUUAAUACUCCUGCAUCUUCAACUAUCAAGAAAGGUGACUACAAUGAAGAGUACUUCGAAAGGUUAGAAAUGCUUCGUAAUAAAUCUGCCGUAAAAAAGAAACGCAUGAAAUUAACUCCUUUACAACGUGGUUGGACAGGAAAGCUAUUGGGAGGACAAUCUGUUGGUUCACCUACACCAAAUAACCCAGAUUUCGAUUGUUUUGUUAUCGAGUCAAAAGUUGUCGCAACAGUGACUGCAACAAAAGGACGUUAUCGUCGAUUUUCAGUUGUUGUUGCAACUGGUAAUGGACAAGGUUUAUGUGGUAUUGGUAAAGCAAAAGCUUUAAAUCUAUUAUCUGCAACUCGACGUGCUAAAUUACGUGCCUCACAAAAUGUUAUAUCAUUUGAUCUUAAAGAAGGAAGAACAUUAUGGCAUGUUGGGUAUGUUUGUCAAUGGAACAGUAAAAUCUUUGCAGCUCCUCUAUCAGAAGGUGCUGGUCUAAAAUGUCAUCGUAUGAUUAAAACAUUAUGUCAAGUUAUUGGAAUUAAAGAUAUGUAUGCUAGAGUUGAAGGUAGUACAAAUAAUUAUCAAGCAAUAGCCAGAGGUUUUUUACGUUUAUUAAAACAACAAAAAACGUAUGAAGAUUUAGCUAACAGUUUAGGACUUCAUGUCGUAGAAUUUGCUGCUGAUCGUGAUAUGUAUCCGCAUGUAUUGGCAUCUCCUGCAUGUGGUCAUGCCAAUGAUUUUAGCAAGAAUAAUGUCAAUGAGUCUGGUGGUUCGUCUGUUGUGAUCCACUCAAAAUCUUAUGAAUUACCUCAAAGACUUCCACUGAUAGUUCCACAGAAUCCGACACAUCAUAAACCGCGUAAACCCAUACCUGAAGAACAUGACAAUUUCUUGGAUGAUUUAAUUGGUGUUGAUGAAGACACAACCACAGAAACUAAUAUUUCGGAAUUAUUAGCAGCAGGUGAACGUGAUUUAGAUGCUCUUAUGUUGGGAGGACGUGUCCCACUAAAAAAGAGUUCAUCUCAUCACGGACAAAUUACUAACCCCAUGGUUAUUAAGCGAAAAGCAGAACGUCAUCGUUAUCGUAACCAGCAAGUUGUCAGACGUGAGAGAAACGCUCAUAUAACAUUGUCUGUAAAUUCUGUUUAA